CUGCAGCCACAGGCUAUGUGUGCUGCCAUUGAACUUGAUAGGGUUUUCAUCAAACUUCUAAUCUCAGUGACUCUAUCAGUUGGAGUUCUCCUCAUCUUCAGCUUCUUCCGGCUCAGGAGAAGAAAGACAGAAAUUACUGAUAGCCUGGAAGAGCAGGACAUUGCCGCUGCCAGCAUCAGUGACUCACAAACAGAUAACAAAAUGCUGGGGAAAAAUAAGCACCAGGAAGCCCAAACUCUGGGAGUCGGUAAAGCUAUCGCUGUGCUUACAUCAGGAGGAGAUGCACAAGGGAUGAAUGCAGCUGUACGGGCAGUGGUGAGAGUGGGCAUCUACACUGGUGCCAAAGUGUACUUUGUACAUGAGGGUUACCAAGGAUUGGUGGAUGGAGGUGACAACAUUCGGGAUGCCAGCUGGGAAAGCGUGUCAAUGAUGCUGCAGUUGGGUGGUACAGUAAUAGGAAGUGCUCGAUGCCAGGAUUUCCGAGCUCGUGAGGGUCGUCUUAAAGCAGCAUGCAACCUUGUAAAGAAAGGAAUUACCAACCUAUGUGUCAUUGGUGGAGAUGGCAGUCUGACAGGAGCAGAUACUUUCAGAGCAGAGUGGAGUGGACUUCUCACUGACCUAGUGAAAGCAGGGAAAAUAUCAUCUGAUGAAGCCAACAAGUCUAGCUUCCUGAAUAUCGUUGGUAUGGUGGGUUCCAUUGAUAAUGACUUCUGUGGCACAGAUAUGACUAUUGGAACUGAUUCAGCUCUUCACAGAAUUAUGGAGAUAGUGGAUGCAAUUACUACAACAGCACAAAGUCACCAGAGGACCUUUGUUCUUGAAGUGAUGGGUCGCCACUGUGGAUACUUGGCUCUAGUAACAGCUCUGGCUUGUGGAGCAGAUUGGGUUUUUAUUCCAGAGUCUCCACCAGAAGAAAACUGGGAAGAACAUCUCUGCAGAAGAUUAACUGAGACUAGAGGUCGUGGAUCAAGAUUAAAUAUCAUUAUUGUUGCUGAAGGUGCUAUUGACGUGAAUGGUAAAGCUAUUACAUCUGAAGAUAUUAAAAAUCUGGUUGUAAAGCGCCUUGGUUAUGACACAAGAGUCACCAUUCUUGGACAUGUUCAGCGUGGUGGAACACCUUCAGCGUUUGACAGAAUCCUGGGAAGUCGAAUGGGUGUUGAAGCUGUCAUGGCUUUGCUAGAAGGUACACCAGACACACCUGCUUGUGUGGUCAGCCUGUCUGGAAAUCAAGCAGUCAGACUGCCAUUAAUGGAGUGUGUUCAAGUGACCAAGGAUGUGACUGCAGCCAUGCAUAAUAAGAAAUUUAAUGAAGCUCUUAAAUUAAGAGGAAGGAGUUUUGAAAACAACUGGAGUGUCUACAGGACAUUGGCUCACGUAAGGCCCCCUUCCACAAAGAGUGGCUAUAACUUGGCUAUUCUGAAUGUUGGUGCCCCUGCUGCUGGCAUGAACGCGGCUGUGAGAUCUACUGUCAGAAUUGGCAUUAUCCAAGGCCACAGGAUGUUUGCUGUACAUGAUGGAUUUGAGGGCCUUGCAAAAGGACAGAUCGAAGAAAUUGGAUGGGGUGGUGUUGGGGGAUGGACUGGACAAGGAGGAUCCCGACUUGGAACCAAAAGGGUGCUGCCAAAGAAAUACUUUGAGGAAAUCAGUGCAAAUAUUAGCAACUUUAACAUACAUGGCCUGAUCAUUAUUGGCGGUUUUGAGGCAUUUACAGGCAGUCUGGAACUAAUGGAAGGACGUUCUAAGUUUGAGGAACUGUGUAUACCUAUUGUUGUUAUCCCAGCCACUGUCUCAAACAAUGUCCCCGGAUCUGACUUUAGUAUUGGUGCUGACACGGCUCUCAACACUAUUACCACUACCUGUGACAGAAUCAAGCAAUCUGCUGCUGGAACAAAGAGAAGAGUGUUCAUCAUUGAAACCAUGGGAGGUUACUGUGGAUACUUAGCUACUAUGGCAGGGCUAUCCGCUGGAGCAGAUGCAGCCUAUAUUUAUGAAGAGCCUGUUUCUAUACAUGAUUUGCAGGUAAAUGUGGACCAUCUUACAGAAAAAAUGAAAACAACCGUGAAGAGAGGUUUAAUUUUAAGGAAUGAAAAAUGCAAUGAAAACUACACCACCGAUUUUAUAUUCAAUUUGUAUUCAGAGGAAGGAAAAGGCGUAUUUGACUGCAGAAAAAAUGUUCUUGGCCACAUGCAACAGGGAGGAACACCCACCCCAUUUGACAGGAACUUUGGUACAAAAAUGGGUGCAAAAGCCGUGCUGUGGAUAACUGGAAAAGUGAAGGAGUGUUCUAGACAUGGUCGCAUAUUUGCAAAUACAGCAGAUUCCGCCUGCUUACUGGGAAUGCGCAAGAGAAGCCUAGUUUUCCAGCCAUUGGCGGACCUGAAAGAACAAACUGAUUUUGAACAUCGCCUGCCCAAACAGCAGUGGUGGUUGAAACUUUGCCCCAUUCUCAAGAUUCUGGCUAAAUACAACAUCAACCUGGACACAUCAGAGGCAGCACAUUUGGAGCACAUCACCCGGAAGAUAUCUGUAGAAUCCUAAAUCU